AUGGCUCGGGCUGCAUCUCAAACGACUUACAUACAAGGUUCGGCUACUUGUCUCCUCGGUUUCCUCUCCCCUCUCACUGGAGUACUCCAUACGUGCAAUAUUGGAGACUCAUGUUUUCUUGUUUACCGCUCGGAAAAACAGCAGACCCUUUAUCGCUCAAAGGAACAACUGCGAGCCUUCAACUUGCCCUAUCAAAUCGGCCCUGCUAAUCCAGAUCUGCCCCUCCUGAGUGGGGAAGUAGAUGAGAUACAACUAGCAGAUGGAGACAAGGUCGUCUUCGCUACAGACGGCCUUUGGGACAAUUUGUAUGAUGAAGAUAUUUGCAGUGUUAUCCAGGAUACUGCCGAUGAUGUUGAUGGAGCAUGUCAAUCACUAGCAGAACAAGCAUAUAGGAAUAGUCGCGAUAAGACACACUACUCGCCCUUCAGUAAACGCGCUGAAGAGUUCUUUGGUCGUCGUAUUCAUAUUGGAGGCAAACCUGACGACAUCUCCAUAGUGGUUGCCGAGGUGAAGCGGAGACCAUUCGGUUCCAUCUUGGGGGCUCGCACAACACAGUUCAGUGAAAAUGAUGAUUGUUUGCCUAGUCCUCGAACUCUUGCACAGUUGAAGUUCAGCGUGGCUGAUGCAUUCUGA